AUAAGCAUUUCUCCAUUCCAUAGCAAACAAACAAGGAACAUGGAUUCGCAGUCGUACUUGUGUCUCUUUGCUGUUACGAUAAUCUGUAUGAUAGGACAAAUAGAAUGUGGCGAAUGCUGCAAAAUUUACAGCCUUCUGAACAGUAAUACCAAAGAAACGUGGUGCAGUGAUUACUGCUGCAAAACACUGGGGUCAACUUACUGCUGCAGUGAGAGCUACUUACAUGCGCCAGAAGAAGAUCGACUUCCGUUCUGUGCUGCAUGGUUCAGUGAUUUUGUGUGGGUACCUAUCUUAGUGGUUAUCGGUGUUGUGGUGCUCUGCGUGGGUUGCUGUAUCUGCUGUUGCAGGGGCAGGGGUAGAGGAACGGUCAUCAUUCAUGGGCCACAAACAGGUGGUACGACAGUGGUUGCCUCUCAACAGACGAUGAUGAACUCGAUGCCUGCACCCUCCUCGUACAACGCAGGAUAUAACCCUGAGGUCGCCCCAUCCCCAUACAGCGCAGGAUAUGACCAGCCUUGACCUAUAAAUUAUAGCGCAUUUCUGGGGGAAUUUCUAUUCAUAAGGAUGCACGACCAUCUGCUAAAGGAGAUAACUCGAAAAUUGACAAAAUAAGUUCUUUUUUUUCAAAGUUUUCAUCUUCAGCGAUGAUUUGUCUCAAAUUUUGAUAUUUAUAUGUAUAUACAUGUAAUCAUGUAUAUAAAAAUGGGUAUAUAUAGUAUAUUUGAUUGAAAUUAA